GGGAAUUGUGGGUCAAGGAAAGGCGGGGAGACACAGUGUUUGGAUGGGGGGAAGUUUUCAGACCCCCUGCAGGAUCUUUCAGGGGCUGUCAGAAGGGGCUGCUGAUUUCCACAAAGCAGAGAAGGCACCACCCGAUCCAAGGCCGAGGACACUCUUCUGGGGGACCGCACGAAAGAGUGACGUGUUGCUCAUUUGCUAGGAUACCCCCGUGUUACAAACGCUCGACUCAUUCUCUCCACUUCUGAGAUGUAAUCUCCCUGCAUGGUCGCAUUUCUUUUUAUUCGGAGAAACUGGCUAUACGGGCAAGAGUGUGAGAGGAGGGAAGAAAAGCAGAAAAGCAGAGCAAAACCAGGUGCCGAUUUCCAGGAAAUUCCAGUCCAUGAAGAAAGACACAAAGGAAACAAAAUUAGUUUCCAUCAGUGUGCCAAAAUCUUAACUGGGAAAUCAAGACUUAGCACACAUCAAAUAAUGCAUAACCAGGAAAAUGUGGUGAAAGGGUCUGAGUAUCAGAAAAGCGUCAGUCAGAAAACAAUACUUGCAUCCCAUCAAGAAACCCACAAAGGGGAGAACAUGUAUAUAUGCUCGGAUUGUGGAAAGAGCUUUAGUGACCUUUCAAACUUUACUUCCCAUCAAGAAACCCAUAAAGGGGAGAAUCUGUAUAUAUGCUCGGACUGUGGAAAGAGCUUUAGUGACCUUUCAAACUUUACUUCCCAUCAAGAAACCCACACAGGGGAGAACUUGUAUAUAUGCUCACAGUGUGGAAAGACCUUUAGUGACCAUUCAAGCUUUGUUUGCCAUGAAGAAACCCACAAACGGGAGAAUCUAUAUAUGUGUUCAGAAUGUGGAAUGAGAUUCAGCGACCAUUCCAGCUUUACUAGUCAUCAAAGAACCCACCCUGGGGAAAAGAGCAUCAUUCACAGAACAAUUUCCCAUCAAAGAGUCCGGGCAGGGGAGAAAUCAUUUCAGUGUUCAGAAUGUGGAAUGAACUUCAACAAAAGCUCAAGUCUUAUUUCGCAUCAAAGAACGCACACCGGGGAGAAACCAUAUGAAUGUUCAGAGUGUGGGAAGUGUUUCAGUCAGACCUCGAGCCUUGUUUCCCAUCAAAGAAUCCACACCGGAGAAAAACCAUACGAAUGCUCAGAGUGUGGAAAGAACUUCAGGAAGAGCUCUCAGCUUAGUGCCCAUCAGAGAAUUCACACUGGAGAGAAACGAUAUAAAUGUUUAGAGUGUGGAAUGCGGUUCAUUCACAAGUGCCAACUUACUACCCAUCGAGUCAUCCACACGGGGGAGAAACCGUAUAAGUGCUCAGAAUGUGAAAAGACCUUUAGUGACCGUUCAAGCCUUACUUACCAUCAAAGAAUCCACACAGGAGAAAAACCAUAUGAAUGCUUAGAAUGUGGGAAAUGCUUCAGUAGGAAGAAGGUCCUCAUUUCCCAUCAAAGAAUCCAUACAGGCGAGAAACCGUAUAAAUGCCCGGAGUGUGGAAAAGGCUUCAAUGAGAGUGGAAGCCUUUCUUCCCAUCAAAGAACCCACACAGGGGAGAAACCAUAUAAAUGCCCAGACUGUGGGAAGUGCUUCAGUCAGAAGGGCAACCUUGCGAACCAUCAAAGAAUCCACACCGGCGAGAAACUGUAUGCGUGCUCAGAAUGUGGAAAGAGUUUCUUGAAGAAGUCCAGCCUUAUUGGCCAUGAAAAAACCCAUACAGGGGUGAAACCAUAAAAAAUGCUUACAGUUUGGAAAGAGCUCUAAUGUACUCAAAGUUUCCAUCAAAACAAAUCAGAUAUGCCUAAACGUCCAGAGUGCUGAAAGAGCUUCAGACGGCACAUAUCUUUUUGACACAUCUUUUCAAUCCCUGGCAUCUCUCAUUAAACCAAGCUGCCAGUUGGUGACCUGGAAGAUCUCUGCCUGAGAUCCUAUGUAGCCACUGCAGCUCUCUGUGAACAAUAAUGACCCUGAUGGACCAACAGUCUAAUGCAAUAUAAGGGGGCUUUUUGUGUGUUCAUGUGAAUGGGAGACCAGGGGCACGGUCAUAUAUUCAUGAUUCUGUUCAUUGCUGUGUCUUCUCAUAGAGCUUCAUCACCUCUGUAAAGUUCAGCAACCAGUGAGGAGAAAUACAGAACUGCCUUUUCCAUGGAAUUUUUCUUUAUUUAGACUGUAUGAAAAAAAUACAAAAUUGCCUUUUGACCUGACAGUUCGUUAGUACAAUUGAAGAAAUAGCAGAUUUACAGUGCAAUCCUAAACCGGGUUACUGCAGUCUAAGCCCAUUGAAAUCUGUGGGCUUACAUUGGUGUCACUGUUUUUAGGUUUGCACAGUUAGUGCGGUUUUAAUUUUGAACAUGUGCCACUUUUAGAUACAUAACUUUGCUUUGAGAAUUUAACAGGAGUUAUGAGGAUAUAUCUCAGUUCACUUGUUGCUCAUCUUUAUAAUGACUUCGCGGACCAAUCAUUCUAUUUAGAAGGCAGUCACGUGUUAAAGUUAGAAAGAUUUAUUUCUGUCUGUGGGAAAAAAUUGCUUAAUCCAGGUUAAAGAAGCGACAAUGUUUUAUUUCUAAGUUAAAGAACAAAGAAGCUAGUGGUGUUGGUUACCAAAGUUGGAAGGCACAUCUUGUUAAUUCAUGGUCGGUUCAUUUGUAGUAAAGCUACAAUUUCAUUGGCAGCAGAUACUUCAGACAUCUGUUGACUUUCUCCAUAAUUUAUCACAAAAGAGGUACAGAAAAGGAAAGACAACAACACUGCAUAUGUUCUACAGCCACCUCUUUAUCUCUUUAGCUUUCUUAUUCUGCUAGUCUAUGCAACUUGCUCACUCCCAUGAAAUGGCUAUUUUCAAAAAGGUUGUAAAAUGGAUUCCACACAUUCUGAACAGUCACCUUCUCUGUACAAAAUGUCAGGUAUGGGGCUGAAGCUGUCACUUCCAUUCAGAGAAGGUUUUAGGUGUGCUAGCGGCCUUCAAAACUUUACAUAGCAUUCUGCCAAUCUGCUAAAAACUGUUUUGCCUCAAACUUCAUGUAUUUAGCUACGUCUGAGAAAUAUUAGAUCUGAUUUUUAUUGCAUGUGUUUUUUCCUGUACUCGUAAGAUUCAUUAGCAUCUGUAUAUACUUACCAAGUUCUUGCCUAUUAAAAAUUGAUGCUUUAUUUUAAAAAAAAAUUAUCAACUUGGAGUUCU